UUUGGAGAUGGUUGGCGCUUGUUGAUUCGCGCUCUGCCAUUUGCGAUCUGCGAGGUGCUAUCUGCGAUUAAAAAAACGCUCAUCAGUGGCUUGAGCGUCGCUUUCCGCGUUAUUAUCAAAUCGCGACUCACUGGAAGCGGACCUUAUCGCAGUCUCAGUCUCAUUAUGUAUCCGCAACUGGAAGUGGACCCUGAACUCACGGAACGUACAACCAAAGUGCGUCUUCUGUCCAGUCACAGUGAUGCCCAAGUCGCUUUAGGCGCCAACAGCGAUGCAAAAGCGGCCAAGCGGGCGCCGCAGCCCAAAUGGAAGCGGGCUCUAGUGCGCCAUGUGCCCGUGUUUCAGUGGCUGCCCGGCUACAAUAUGGAAUGGGGCAUUGAUGAUUUGAUAACUGGCAUCACGCUGGGCCUAACCAUCAUACCAGAGAGCAUUGCCUGCGCUCUGCUCGCAGGUCUGCCUGCCCGCUACGGCCUGUGCUCGGCAUUCAUAGGCCCGCUUAUCUAUUUGAUCUUUGGCUCCAUCGACAAGGUCAUCAUUGGACCAACCAGUCUAGUUGCCCUGGUCAGCGUACAGUUCACAGUGGGACGGCCCAUUGAAUUUGCGUUUCUGCUCACCUUCUUGAGUGGCGUGGUGCAAAUCAUUAUGGGCGCGUUACGCAUAGGUUUCGUCUUUGAGUUCAUAUCGAUGCCGGUGAUCAAAGCAUUUUCCUCGGCCACGGCAAUCCUGGUCAUUGAGUCCCAGAUCAAGGUCCUGCUGGGCAUCAAAUACUUAGUGCCCGGCCUCAUCAGCUCGGUGAGCACCCUCAGCUCACGCAUCGGUGAGGCGAAUAUGGCAGAUCUGGUCAUGGGCAUCUGUGCUAUUAUUUUCCUGCUACUGCUCGAGCUUUUGGAACGCGUCGCUCGCUGCCAGAAACGUAGCAAAGCCUUGCGCAUCUGCUGUCGCUAUUUAUCUACCUCGAGGAAUACGCUUAUUGUGUUCAUUGCUGGCAUUGUCUCUUACAUUUGGCUGGGCUACAGAGAGCAGCUGCCCUAUUCCCUCAGUCCGAGUGCAAUCUCCAGCUUGCCCAACUUCACGGUGCCCAGCCUGACCAUUGUAACACCUGAGCGCAGCUACAGCUUUUGGCAGAUUCUGCAGGAGCUCAAAGUAGGCAUCAUUGUCAUACCCAUUGUUGGCAUACUGACAAAUAUAUCGAUUGGCAAGCUGACACCCAAGGGCCUGGUAGAUACCAAUCAUGAGCUGCUCACUGUUGGACUUUGCAAUAUGUUUGGUUCCUGCGUGCAGGCUAUGCCUUCAUCGGGCGCCUUUACGCGCUAUGCCAUUAGCACAGCCUGCGGUCUUAAGACUCCUAUGGCCAACUUGUAUCUGGGCAUCAUUGUGCUGCUGGCGCUGAGCUUCCUGAGUCCCUACUUCAACUAUAUACCGGAAGCGACGCUGGCGGCCAUUUUGAUUUGCUCGAUCUUCACGCUGUUAGACUUUAAGCUUCCGCUACGGCUGUGGCGCGAGUCGAAGCGGGACUUCGGCAUCUGGCUGCUGUGCUUCUGUGUGUGCGUGCUCUUUGGCGUGGAGGUGGGUCUAUUUGUUAGCAUCAUUGUGACGGCGCUGCAUCUGCUAUUCCUGUGGGCACGCCCGGAAAUAUUGGUGAGGAUACAGGAAAUGGAAGAUAUGCAGUACAUAUCGGUGUUGCCCGGCAAUGGCAUCUACUUCCCGGCCAUCAAUCACCUGAGAAGUCUCGUGCUAAAAGCGUGCACUCAGGCGGACUUCAAGAUCACGGUCGUCAUCGACGGGCACAAGAUAACAGGCCUAGACUAUACGGCUGCCCAGGGCAUAUCGAAGCUGUCGAGUGAUUUGUGCCGUCAAUCGGAUGCCUCCAGCUCAAUACUCCUAAUACUCUACAGAUUUCCUGAGCACCUGCAGCAUCUCAUCGAUGUGACUGACAAUUUGGUGUUCUGCGAGAGCGAGGCCAAGGUCAAGGAGUUUCUCACACAGGAGUCUCUGCGCAAUGGCCACAUCAAUCUCACAGCACACAUACGCGCCUCCAUAGAUCUGGGCUAUAAAAUUGAUAUCGAAUAGCCGAACAUCUAAUAAUUUAAGUUUUUAGUUACUAUUUAUUUAAAUAUAUGUUCAGUUUGUCAUCCAUAAAUAACCAAAAUAUUGUCGUAUUCCGUCUAAAGCGGACGCCUGGAAACCGAAAGCCAAAAUAAAAGUGAAAAAGUGGAGCAAGUCCGCUGAUGUCAGCAAUUUAUAAA